ACUUAAUGAGUGGGAAAAAUGGUGUCGUAAACGUGACAAAUUCUAUGAAUCAGUGAGAAGCGAGGACUCGUACGAAAGAACCGAACGAAUGAAACGCGAACUAGAUGUUGGCACAAGUCUUUGUGAAUUGUUCGAGGACAGUUAUUCUCGGUAUCAGCAACGAAGAGAGGAAAAAAUUGCUAAACAGCGAAGAAAGCUUGCUCAGAUAAACUCCGUAAUACAGGGCUUAAAAGAACAAUCGGAAAAAUCAGAAAGUAACGUGGCUGACUAUAGUAACAAAAUUGCUAUGGCAACCAAAGAAAAUAUAGCUUUAGAGAAUUAUUUGCGAAAAGCACAUGAAGCCCUGGUUAUAUUGACGAAAUCGAUGGUUAAUAUACCGAACUUUAAACUAACAAAUUCGGGAGAUGAAGGUCAAAAUACCAAUACCAUGACCUGUUCCCUGACCAUAAAUUCCAACAAAGCCGCAGUUGGCUCACUGUUAAACACCGUUGACUCAACUAAAGAAAUAGAAUGGACACAACAAAUUAGAGACUAUGCAAGAAGGAUAUGUGUUAAUCAGUUAGAUACAGGUUGUGUACAGAAUCUUGGUAUAAAAGCCAUACAAAAGAUUUUAAUGCAAAUGGCUAAGGAACAAAAGUCGAGGAAAACAUCAAGAAGAGGAAAGAGACGUAGCACAAUCAGUAACUCUUCAGGUACUUCUAUCACCAAGAGAAAUAAGAACAUCAUUGGCAAUGGUGAAAUUCUUAGUAAUAAUGGAAGUGCAUCAAAGAGAAAUGCGAAAAGAGCGCCGAGGAGAACACAACAAAAGUUAUCACAAAAUGCUCAGGUAUCUACUCGGGACAACCCGGAAUCUAAAAAUAAGCCCGCUGCACGAAGAGGACGACGACCAAAGAAUAAAAAAGUUGAUGCUGAGAAUCAUACGGGAAUAGGAGAGGCUCCAAAAAGCAAUGAAGGAGCGGCUGAUAUGAUAGGCGAUUGCUCUAAACGUGAUGACAAUUCGAAUUCAAAUUUUGCGUCAUUGGAUAAUAGUGUGGAAAAUGGCAUAAAUCAAACGGGAGCCAUUGGAUCGACCAGCACGAAUAAAAACAUUAGUAUCGACUCCAUAAAUGGUGACAUCACUAUGAACGCGAACGUUGUUAACAAUGGAGUUAUCGAAUCUAUAAAGAGCGAUCGUGGAUUAACCGAUCGAAAAGAAGAACCAUCCAACACUACGACGAACAAUAUGGGUUUCCUUGAAAUUGCGAAAUUACUUAACCCAGUCGAGAACACCAUCUCAACUUUGAAAAGCAGGAUUAACGGAAGUUCUGGUGAUAGUUUGGCUAGCACCCUCCUUGCGAACAAUUUGUAUUCUCUAAAUAAUAAUCUUACUGAAAACUCUAACACCGGGUCUACUUCCAUAAAUAUUUCUACUCUUCACAAUAAUUUCAUUAAUCAUUCGAUGAGUAGUCACUUGAACGGUGUCACUGGAAAUGAAGGAAUUUCUUCGAAUAUAUAUUCUAGCAGUGAUCUAGGGAUUAGUACUCCUUACCUAUUUUCCG